AUGGCACAAACCAACCCGUACGGACCCAAUCCCAGCGAUUAUCUCUCGAAUGUGUCCAAGUUCCAGAUUAUCGACAGCACCCUGAGAGAGGGAGAGCAGUUUGCAAACGCAUUUUUCACGUUGGACAUGAAACUAAAAAUCGCCAAAGCACUCGACGAGUUCGGCGUCGACUACAUCGAAUUGACGUCGCCAGUGGCGUCCGAGCAGGCGCGCGAGGAGGUCGAGGCCAUCUGCAAGCUCGGACUGAAGAGAUCCAAGGUCCUCACGCACAUCAGAUGCCACAUGCACGACGCCAAAGUGGCCGUGGAGACCGGGGUGGAUGGAGUGAACAUCUUCAUCGGAACGUCCAGCUUUUUGAGACAGCACUCCCACGGCAAGGACAUGUCGUACAUCACCAAGUCCGCCAUCGAGGUGAUUGAGUUUGUCAAGUCCAAGGGCGUCGAGGUGCGGUUCAGUACCGAAGAUUCGUUCCGAUCCGACAUUGUGGAUCUGCUCAACAUUUACAGCACGGUCGACAAGCUCGGCGUGGAUAGAAUUGGUAUUGCCGACACCGUUGGCGGCGCCAAUCCGAGACAGGUUUACGAGCUCAUCAGAACGAUCAAGUCGGUUGUUUCCUGCGAUAUCGAGACGCACUUCCACAACGACACCGGUUGCGCCAUCGCCAACGCUUACACCGCUCUCGAGGCCGGAGCCAAGUACAUCGACACGUGUGUGCUGGGUAUUGGAGAGAGAAACGGAAUUGUGCCGCUGGGUGGAUUUAUGGCCAGAAUGAUCGUUGCAGACCCAGACUACGUCAAGUCCAAGUACCAGCUGAAAAAAAUCAGAGACCUUGAAAAUCUGGUGGCAGACAUUGUGCAGGUGAACAUCCCAUUCAACAACCCGAUUACCGGUUUCUGCGCAUUCACCCACAAGGCGGGCAUACACGCGAAGGCCAUUCUGGCCAAUCCAUCCACCUACGAGAUCUUGAACCCUGAAGAUUUCGGCCUCUCGAGAUACAUCCACUUCGCCAACAGACUGACCGGGUGGAACGCUAUCAAGAGCCGUGUGGAACAGCUGAACCUGACGCUGUCGGACGACCAGAUCAAAGAGGUGACCACCAAGAUCAAGCUCAUGGGAGACGUGAGGCCGCUGAACAUCGAGGACGUGGAUUCCAUUAUCAAGGACUACCACGCGGACGUGAGCGAGGAGCAGGCGAACAAAAGACAGAGAACGGCCUAG